UCUGCGUAGGUGCACUUUGCAUCCAUGGCGCCUACUGAGUGGCCACUGUUCUCGGCUGCCGUUCUGGUGACGCGCGAGUGCUUCCCGGCUGCUGGUGGUGCUCUGCCUCAUGUCAGUCGCCGUAUUAGCGAAUUCUUGGACACGUUGGCUCGAGGUGGAGCCUUUACAGCCUCCAUCCAGCGUGGUGACAGCGAGCGGGAGCUGAGUUAUCUGCACCAGCGAGAUCCGACACCAUUGAGUCAAAAUAUGGUGCGUCAUGCAGCUGCAUCGGGUCACGUGCAUGUGUUGAAGUGGAUCAAGGAGUGCGAGGACCAGCGUGUCACGAACUUGUGGAUCGACUACAAUUUUAGUCCACUGGACGAAGCUGCCAAGAGCGGCCAUCUCAACACUGUUAAAUGGCUACAUUACAACGUGAGGGGAUGCGACGCAGGACGCGCCAUGAGCUGGGCAGCGAGCAACGGCCACUUGGAGGUUGUGAAAUGGCUACACUACAACGGAGACGAUCUGUGUGUCAACUACGCCAUGGAUUUUGCUGCUGCCAAUGGGCGUCUGGACGUCUUACAAUGGCUGCAUCAUAACCGCCGUGAGGGCUGCACAACGUGGGCAAUGGACGGUGCCGCUACGAACGGACAUUUGGUGGUCGUACAAUGGCUACACUUUAACAGAAAGGAGGGCUGCAGCAAGGCGGCGAUUGAUGGAGCUGCAGCUCAAGGUCACCUUAAUGUGGUGCAGUUUUUGCUUCUGGAAAUCCGACGUCAAGACGAGAUGCAAUGGAUUGGCUGGGCUUUCACUGCCGCCACCAGUUGCGGCCAUGUCGACGUUGCCAAGUGGGUCAAGACAACGUAUCCAGAGGAAUUUAGCGACAGUGCGAUCACUCUGGCUUUCACUUCUGCGAAAGACAGUGGGCAUGAAAACAUGAUGCAAUGGCUUCGUUCACAGUAUAACGAACGCCGAUGACCAAGUAUGAAAUACGGAGAUUUUUUAAGCAAAUUUAGCUAUUUGGGCUAUAAAA